AUGAAUGGUACCGUUUUGCAUAUGGAGGGACACACCAUGACGGUGAACGUCAACGACUACCUGGACAUCUACUGCCCUCAUUACAACGACAGCCAGCGCAUGGUGGGCACCGGCGAGCAGUACGUCCUCUACAUGGUCAAUCGCCGUGGCUACAGGAACUGUGACCCCCAGCUGGGCUUCAAGAGAUGGGAGUGCAACCGGCCUCAUGCUCCCCACGCGCCCAUCAAGUUCUCUGAGAAGUUCCAGCGCUACAGCGCCUUCUCGCUGGGCUACGAGUUUCACGUCGGCCAGGAGUAUUACUACAUCUCCACACCCACUCAUCAUCACGGACGCAGCUGUCUCAGACUACGAGUGUACGUCUGCUGUCCCACCACCUCUGAUGUGGAGGAUGAACCAGAGCCUACAGAACCAGACUACACGCUGAGACCAGGCUUAAAGCUUGAUGAUAUUGAUGAAUUUAACCCUUUCGUCCCUAAACUGGAGAAGAGCGUCAGCGGCAGCAGUCCGUCCAGAGAUCGCCUCCUGCUCACCGUCACGAUGCUCCUCCUCGCUGCUCUUUUCAUCUCCUAGCAACGACCGUCCCAUCAGCGUCACCAUGCCAACUAGCCUUUGGAAGGUGUACACUGUCAGCGGGGUGGGAAGAGUCGGGAGGAAAGCAGAGAAGGAUUUUGGGGGGAAACGAUUUUCGAGCAUCGCCGUGUGAAUGUGUGUGUUUGUACAGGUGUCCGUCUGAGGGAGUGUUGAAAGACCUGCAGGCGCUCGGUGACACACACUGAACUGUAAGUUGCUUUAAACCCAGCCAGGUGCAGGUGCGGCAGACUUGUGUGUGAGACUUUGUUUUUGUGUGCGUCUGCUUGCCUUUGCGUUGCGGAGCAGGCCGUGGGGUGAGCCUGUCGAGUCACGCUCACCACUUAAAGCAUUUAUACAACA